CACUGUACGGCACAUAGGAUGUUCCCAUCUCUUUCCGUGCCAUAUAAAGCCCACUAAGCUUUACGAAUAUGGAAUUUCGAACUUCUCCUGCCAGCCCCCAUCUCGUUCCAGUCUUUCAAUAUCGAUCGGUUUCGUCGACGAGCCUUGCAUGAGGUUGCAUUAGGAUUCUUCCUACCUUUGAUCCUGGAAAGCGUACAAGGAAAGAAGCUUGAAAAGUUUUGCUGUGAUUGCUUCAUUUGAAAUCGUAAUUGGGUCAUUCAGAUUCCAGCAUUUAUUAAGCUACCAACAGUGCCUUUCGGUUUCUCCCUGUCUUGUCAUCUUUUUUGCCGCUUCCAUUUCCCUGUCGAGAUUGAGAAUUUGGAGGUGAAACGUCCAUUUUUGAGGUCACUGAAUCGAGCAAAUAAUGAAAUGGGACUGCGCACAGGAACCUCAGAUAAUUCCUGGAAGCCAGCCAUGCCGGCUGGUCACACGAACACCGUGGGUUACUGGUUCAACUGGAGGGUUCUGCUCUGUGUGAUCUGGGUCUUUACAUCGUCGUGCUUUGCGUUGAUGCUCGUGAGGAAGUAUGAGGCUUUUUGCAGUCGAAGCAGCGGCAAUGGUGGCCGACAAAACCAGCGAGGGGCUGCGGGUGUUUUAUAUAGUGACGAGACCUGGACUCCAUGUCUGAAAGGAGUCCACCCGGCUUGGCUUCUGGCUUUCCGAGUCAUUGCCUUCUUCUUGCUUAUAGGAAUGUCAUGCGUGACCGCUUUUGUGGACGGCGCCAGCAUAUACUACUAUUACACACAGUGGACUUCUACGUUAGUCACCAUCUAUUUCGGGCUUGGUUCGUUGCUCUCUGCAUACGGAUGUUACAGGUACGAGAACAAAAAAGGUGAAUCUGACAAGGUGGAGAUAGAUUUAGAGAAAGCAAAUUUUGCGGCUUUAAAGAUGAGGGAUUCUUCUGACAUGGCUAGCACCAACAAAAGCUCUGCUCCACCUGGUGAAGCCGUUCGUGAAACUGCAGGCAUUUUUGGCUAUUCCUUUCAAAUAAUUUUCCAGAUGAAUGCCGGUGCGGUCAUGCUUACAGAUAGCGUCUUCUGGUUCAUAAUUGUUCCGUUUCUCGCCAUCAAAAAUUAUAGACUGAGAUUUUUGGACAUAAGCAUGCAUACCAUCAACGUUGUUUUACUUCUUGGAGAUACAACUUUAAAUUGCUUGCGGUUUCCUCUCUUUCGGAUUGCAUACUUCUUCUUGUGGACGACCAUUUACGUUAUUUUCCAAUGGGUUAUCCAUGCUUGCUUCACCAUCUGGUGGCCGUAUCCAUUUCUUGACUUGUCAUCUCCACAUGCUCCUUUAUGGUACCUGUCCGUGGCGCUAAUGCACUUCCCAUGCUAUGGCAUUUUCGCUUUGGUUGUAAAGCUGAAACACAAGCUGUUGACAAGAUGGUUCCCUCAGUCGUAUCUAUGCUCGAGGUGACAUGGAUGAAUGCUUGUACGUGAAGCAAACCUAUCUCAUGCUAUCCAGAAGAGUUCCUCCAUUGAAGGAAGCAGCGGCAUGGGAGACCACAUUGAUAAUUCGUUUUGAGCUUAUGCAUAGGUGAUAGCAGAAUCAUUCAAUACAUGCAGUUUUGUUAGUAGAAAAUAAGCAGGAGAAAUUCGUUCAACAUAGCUUUCUUUGUCCUGGGAACAUGUCGCAGCCACAGGUCUAUAACUUGCAGCUGUCUGAAAGAACUCAAAAGAAGGAAUUGUUUUUUUCCUCCUUCUGGGCAUACGCUCAUCUCAUUUAUUCUUGCAAUGUUCAUUCUGUCUCUACUUCAUUGGAACAGACACGAGCACGUGAGGUAACAUGUACCUGACACCAUUUUAAUUCUAGGGAUGUUGCCCUUGUAUCCUGGCGCUCUUGCUGAACAUGAUUUCAUUGGUCAAUUAUAUCAGAAGUCGCAUUAACAAGUGCCUAUUGAGCACUUGUUUUUAAAAUG